AUGGGCCAAGAAAAACCCCUGCAUCAAGAGGAGAAGCUGAUGCUGGAGUUCAUCAUGGACAACCCUGUGCUGUGGAAUGUCAAGAUGACAGAUUACAGGCAGAAGGACAAGAUCUGGGAAGAACAAGCCGACAGCCUCAAGGGCUCAUUAUGUGACACCCACACUUGCCUUGACAAGAAAAAGAGGCUUGAUAGUGCACCAAACAUGACUGAGAGAGAGCAGUGGAUCCUCUCAAAGUUUGCCUUUCUGAAGACGGUCAAUCACCACCGACCAGAACCCAUACAGAGUGUAAGUUGACAACUAUUCUAUCUUUUCUGCACGUUAGGUUAUCUUUUUAUAAAUAAUUUUCUUUUCAGUAUACAUAACAUAAUCCCAUUCUCUCAUUUUGAGUUUAACAGGUUAGAUGUAACAAUUCCGAUCUGCCCUAAAUCAAGCCUGCUAAUAUAUUCAUCCGAGACUGUUUUAUUGCAUGAACUGUUUGUGGUUGUUUCAGAUUUGUUCAUGGCGGUAGGCGGCUGA